AAACGAUACGCAUCUCUCUCGCUCGAGGUUAAAGUUACAAAUCAAGUCUCGGCCGCGAAGACAUUGCAGGCUGCAGCAAUGGUGGCCAUAUCGCUCUACAAAGGCAACCUUCACAAAGUUCCCAAUGUCCCCCACCGAUGGUUAUGUCCCACCCCCAACAUCUCGCUCAAGGAUUUCCGAACGCUCCUCCGCCGCCGCAAUAGGACCCUUUCCCGCCUCUCUUCGUCAAACCCUAGCCCUGUUCGUACUCGGGAUUCCGACUCCAAAAUUUUCAGCACUGAUUCGAUCGUCGCGGGCGGUGCCAUCUUGAAUAAUGGCAACAGCAACGAUUUUGAUGGUUCUGGGGCUGAACUGCCGCCGAAGGAGGUUUUGAAGGAGGAUAAGGGAAGGGGGGAGGAUGAGAAGGUGUUAGAGGUGGGAGAUUCUGAGAAAAAAUCUGCAGAGAAAACUGAUGCUUUGGUGGGCGAGGAGAAUAAUGAGGGUGGGGAUAAAGUUGAGGUUCCUGCGAAUCCUUUGGUAAUCGAGAAAACUGAAGCAGAAAACCGUUCAAGUGAGAUAGAGAAAAGGAAAAAGGAGAUUGAGGAAAAACUGGAAGUUUUGAAUGAGAAGAAACAUGGCUUAGUACAAGUCCUGAAGCAAAUUCUAAAUGCAGAAGAGCAACUAAAGAGACAAAACACUGCACAAGGGAUGCCUGGCCGUCCACCUCUACCCCUACACGUGGACACUACCACCGAUUCUGGAUCAGUAACUAAGCUGAACACCCCUAAAAUGGGCUCUGAUGUGAAUUCUAAUGGUGAUUUGGAGGGCGGAGAUGCUGAUGAUGUUUCAAACCAUAAUACACAGUCUCUCCAUUGGCCUCAUACAAACAGUGCUUCCCCUUCUUCCGACACUCAGCAGCGAAAGCCUUCCUCCAGCUUGGCACAACCUCAUCCCCAUCGCUCCCAUCUGGGAGUUGUUGGUAGUCCUUCACGAUUUGCACCAGCUGGUUUUGGGCAUUCAUCGGUUUCUGUCUCGGCCACAAGUUUUGUAGCUUCCUCACCAUCACCGUCUCCUGCUGCAUCCGGUGGCACGUCGGUCUUCAGAGAUGGCAGGCUUCCAAGUCCAUGGAAUUAAGAGGUGCCGAAAAUUCUGCAGGAAUUGGCUAUGGAGACUGUUGGAGAAGACAGAGAAUUGGUACUAUUCCAAUAUAGCAAAGUAGUCGGAAGCUAUCCAAAUUUUAAAAGAAGAAUUAAAUGAUAAGUUGGUGAGCCUGAAACUGCAAAGAAUGGAGAUGAGGUUGAAGGGCAAUCGAUCUUUUUUAUGUGAUAUGUCACUGUCCAAAAAGCCCAAGAUAGUUCAAGAGGACAUAUUAUUUUCACAUGGUAAGAAAGAUACAAGAGCUGGACAAUGUCUUUGACCUUUCCAUCAAGAUCUCAAGAGUAUGUUUUCAAUUAUAUAAUUUGUUUAUCUUGGAUAUCUUGGAUCUUAAUUGCAAUGCUUUAAACGAUACUGCCUGUUCUCUUGUUUA